AGGUGCCACGGGAGCGGGCACGGUGCUCGGUUGCAGCAGGUGGAGCGCGGGGCUUGUGGAGGAAGCACGCAAUGGUUUCUUUUCCCCGUUAUACGGCAAACAGGAGGCGUGGGGGUUGGAGGUACACAAAUCCCGACUGGCCAGCUUCCUAACCGGUAUCUCAAGACAGAAUCCUGUGGCAGCUGACCUACUUGUUGGUGGCCUUUAAUCUCAGCACUCGGGAGGCAGAGCUCUUGAGUUCGAGGCCAGCCUGGUCUACAGAGACACAGUGACAUUUGAGGACGUGGCCGUGAACUUCACUGAUGAAGAGUGGGGCUUGCUGGACGUUGUGCAGAAGAAUCUCUACAGAGAUGUGAUGCAGGAGACCUGCAGGAACCUGACUGCCAUAGAAACAGAAUGGGAUCGGUAUAAUCUGGAAGCUUUCUACAGAAAUCUAAAGAGAAAUCUCAGAAUCCAAGUGGUAAAGAGAGAACGUGAACUUGCAGACAUUGGCCAGCGCAGAAAAGCUGUAGCCCAAGGUCCAGUUGGUGUCACAAGCAAAGCAACUGAGCCAAAGUUUCUUGAACGUCGCACCAGCCAGUUAACCCUAAAGGGGCCUGGUACAGUCAGCUCCAAACAGAGGUCAUGUGACUAUCAGAAAUAUGUAAAGAAAUACUGUGAAUGUGAAACAUGUGGUAAAACCUUUACCUGUCCUAAGUCCCUUAAAAAGCAUAAAAAGCUCCACACUGGGGAGAAACCUUAUAAAUGUUCUCACUGUGAGAAAUCAUUUAGUUACCGCUACUGUGCUGAAAGGCAUAUGCUGACUCACAGUUUAGACAGGUACAAAUGCAGGGUGUGUGGGGAAAUGUUUCCUAGUGCUGAGGCCCUUCGGGGGCAUAAAAGCCUUCACUCUGGACAGAUACCCGAAUGUAAGGAUUGUGGGAGAAUGUUCUGGACUGCUAGUUCCCUCGAGGUACACAAAAGGCUUCACACAACAGAAAAACUCUAUGAAUGUAAACACUGCGGGAAAGCCUUCACGAGUUACUGUUCCUUUCAACUACACAAAAGGAGCCACACUGGGGAGAAACCAUACCAGUGUAAGCAGUGUGGGAAAACCUUCAGACACUCCAGUCAUGUUCAAGCACAUAAGAGAAUUCACACUGGAGAGAAACCCUAUGAGUGUAAGCAGUGUGGGAAGACCUUUACUUCUGGCCAUUGUGCAAGAAGACAUUUAGGGACACACGGUGGAGCCUGGCCUUACAAAUGUGAGGUGUGUGGGAAAACUUACCCGUAUGUCUAUUCGCUUCGAAACCAUAAAAAGACCCAUGCCAAAGAGAAGCUUCAUGAAUGUCCACAGUGUGGGAGAGCCUUCAAAUACGCCGCUUCCUUACGAAACCAUCUGACCACUCACACAGGAGAGAAGCCAUACGAAUGUAAGGAGUGUGGGAAAGCCUUCAGCUGUCCCAGUUAUAUGCAGAAUCACAUGAGAACACACAACGGACAGCCCUAUAAGUGUGAUGAGUGUGGUAGGGCGUUCUCAUACUCCAAAAGUCUGCGUAGACACAUGAAUAUACACAGUCGUGGGUGUUGAGUGAGAGCAUGUGUUAGAAGAGCGUGGGUGUGAGUUAGAGCUCCACACAUUCAAGCUCAGGUUACAGAUCAGCCUCUUAGUAUGCAUGGGAAAGUCUGCAUUGGUGUCACAAGUGUGCCACAGUUGGGUGUCUCAACCCUGAGUUGAAAGCAUUGUUAGGAAGCACUUCAGUACUGAACUUAGCAGAGAUGGAUGCUAACUGGGAAAGCUUUUUCCCUUGUCAGCACACGGGAAGACAGAAAAACACAUCACUGUCAGCAAGGGAUUUUUGGUUUUUUUUGGGGGGGAGGGAGUUUGUUUUGGUUUGGUUUUUCGAGACGGGUUCUCUAUACUGGUUUGGAGGUUGUCCUGGAACUCUGUAGGCCAGGCUGGCCUUGAACUCACAAAGAUCCACCUGCUUCUGCCUUCUGAGUGCUGGGAUUAAAGGCAUGUGCCACCAAUGCCCAGCCUAGUUAUACAUGUUUAAUCAACUAUUUUUAAGUGCUUUUGUGAUUAAUGGACUAAUAAAAAGAUGACUUUGCAAAUGUCCAGAUUUUGUCAUAGGCCUAGUUGUGGCCAUACCCUAUCAUAAAUGUUCCGUGUUUGUUUUCUAAUAAAAAUGUCUUUCCAGCA